AUGAGUCCUUUAGAUCGCUUCAGAAGAAGCCAUUUUAUUGAACGGCCUGACCUUGGCAAUCUUUCUUCGUCGACAGAAACCCUACCGGAGAACCUCCCCGUACCUGAGACAUCAGAUCUUACUAGAGCCCAGGAGGAAGAGGAUCCUACUCCUGCCGGUAGCAUCGACGGAUCAGCUCGGGAAGUGUCACCAGAUGAUGAAGAUGAAACCUUGGAAGAGUUCGGGCUGAGCCUCUUGGAGCGAGCCGUGGAUUUUCUCUCAGGCGUCUUUUCUUCGGGCGACCGAUCUGAGCAGGGUCCUUAUCCUGACCGUGGAUGGAGACCUUGGCUUCUCAUCUUGGCUUGUUACUUGGUCUUCAUGAACACCUGCGGCUGGACCAAUUCUUUUGGUUUCUUCCAAGCAUAUGACGCCGAAAAUACUUCACUUAAAGUAGAACAGAUCUCACAGAUCGGCUCUUUGAGUGCUUUCCUGCUCUUCUUCGUCGGUGCUUUGGUAAGUCAUUCUGUUCACGCUGAUAAUAUCCAUUGGAUCUUCAGCGUCGGCAUAGUGUUCCAAUUGUUUGGUACCAUUCUAACUUCAACCUGCGAUGAGUAUUGGGAGCACUUAGGGGCGCAAGGCGUCUUGGUCGGGUUGGGUCACGGCCUCGUCUUUUCCCCUGUCUUGGCUGUUCUAUCGACUCGUUUUGCGCAAAGAAGGCUUUUGGCCAUGGGAAUCGCUGCUAGUGGAAGCUUCGCAGGAGGCGCUUUGUUUACGUCCCUCUUCCAGGAUCUCUUACCGAAGGUGGGAUAUCAUUGGACGUCGGUCAUCGUGAGCUGGGUGAAGCUGGUGUCUUUGGUCAUUGCAAUGAUACUGAUGAAGCCUCGAGCCAACUCUCCAGCCCUUGAACUCUGGUGGAUUCAGCUUGUUACUCCCUUCAAGGAUAUCGAGUAUGUCUUGUACAUCAUUGCUUCUCUCUGUACUACUUUCGGUGUUUACCUUACUUACUUCUUCCUAGUAGCCUAUUCCCAAACCGCCCUUGACAGAACCUACCCUUUUGGGGACUCGCUCACUAUGUUUGCUGUCUCCAAUGCCACCGGCGUUGUAUCCAUCCUCUUCUUCGUCGCAGCUUAUUACUUUGGUGUCAUCAACGUAUCAGCCCUAACCACGCUGGGCGCUGCCAUCAUGCUGUACUCUUGGAUGGCUGUGAGUAGCCAGACAGGCUUGUAUGUCUGGUCCUCGAUAUAUGGUAUCUUCGCUGCAACAGUACAGACUCUGCUCCCCACGGGUGUGCUCAUAUUGACAAACAGUCGGGACAAUAGCGGUUUCAAGAUCAGCGUGGCAUUCAUGGUCGUGAGCUUUGCAGCGCUGGGUGGACCGCUUAUCGCAGCCAGGCUCAUCGAGCACAAGGGAGGCUACAAGGGCGCGCAGAUAUUUGCUGGCUCGGUGAUGCUUUUGGGGUCUGCAAUUUUGAUGGCGGCGAAGGGUUUGAGCCUGAAAAAACCUGGGGUUGACUUGAAGUUUAAGGUCUAA